UCUGCAAUCCAUGAGCCCGUGGCAAGUCUGGGAAGAAAUGGCCGGUAACCUGAAGUGGGUCGUCUUGAGCAUCCUCGUCGUCUUGACGCUCUUUGGCAUGGUGUCGUCGUGGGGCGGCGGUGGCGGCGGUGGCGUCUCGGCCAAGGCCAGCCACAUCCUCGUCAACACGGAGGCCGAGAUCGACGACCUCUUCACGCAGCUCAGCGCGACGGCCGACGGCUCGCCCGAGCAGCUCAAGCUCUUUGCGGACCUCGCCAAGAAGCACAGCAAGUGCCCGAGCGGCGCGCGUGGUGGCGGCGCCCUUGGCUCGUUUGGCCGCGGUCAGAUGGUCCCCGAGUUCGACCGCGUGGUGUUUGAGGACGACGUGGGCAAGAUCCACAAGGUCAAGACGCAGUUUGGCUGGCACCUCGUCCUCACGACGGAGCGCACGGACCCCGCCGAGAAGAAGGACUUGUAAGCGCAACGUCAUAAGAUCGAAAGCGUCAAUAUACUGAACAGCGAUCUCUGGA